ACAGCAAAGACCGUCUGUCAAAAAGAUUCUGAAAUGGCAAAAAACUAACACAAAUCAUUCAACGUUCAAACCUAGUAACGUGCACAUCACAAAAACUCUUUUACUUGAAUUUUCUCAUGCAAAGAUUUUUCAACUGCCAAAAAUAAAAAAUCCCCUCAAGACGAACUAUGAAGAAGCUUUUGGCUAGCUUUUUGAUUUUCAUCUGCUAUGGCUGCCUGUUGCUGUCACAGCCUGGCCAGGCGCUGCGCAUCAAGCGCGCCGAUAGCUUGGCCAACACCACAAACAACACGGAAUCGGUGCUGCCCGUUGUGGCCAUGGCUUUGGGCACUGCGGACUUGUCUGAUAAGCAACAAGUGAAAAAUGGGAGCGAAGCAAAUGCCGCGGCAGCAGCAGCAAUUGCCGACAAUGAUAAGGACAAAGAGCUGGAGCAAUCGAAUGAUUUGUCUGCUCAUUUGCGUCGCAGCAAGCGUCGCAUGUCUGGAUUAGAAGAAUCUUUAAUGUCCAAGGCCUUGCAUCAUGGACGACGUCACAAUGCAGCGGGAACGACUGUAGCAGCAGAGGCAGCCGCGGCAGCCGUACCUGUCGUUGCACCAGCAACAGCCGCAGCACCAGCGCCAGCACCAUAUGUCUACUAUAAUAAGCUGAUAUCGCCGGAUGGCAAACAGGAGCUGAAAGAAUUUCAGCUGCUGUCACCGAAUAUGGUCUUUGAGAGCGUGCAGCGCGAUGUGAAUUAUGGACCAGCUGCUGAUGUGGGCGGCGUUCUGCUCUUGAAUGCCGACAAUACCCUGAGCGGGCAUAUUCGUGCCUUGGCAGCGAAGCCAUCGAAGCAUCAUCACAAACACAAAUCGUCGCUUACCCUGCCGCCCUUUCUGUUCCUGCUGCAGCAGAUGCUGCAGCCAAGCCUGAAUCUCGAAUUGGAGCCGACACAGCCGCUGCCACAGCCACGCGCUCACUUGGAAGCGCCAAUGUAUCAGUUCCUCGACAGCGCCGUAGACAAUGCUCUACGCAACAAUCACGAGGUAUUUGAGCAUCUCAUUAAUGAACAUGACCACGCUAAUGAGCUCAGCGGCAAGGCGAAGGAGAAAGGUAAAGAUAAGGAUAAGGACAAGGACACGGAGAAGCUGAAGGAUGCAAUUGAUUUGCUGCCCAUGCAAAAGGCAGCAGAGAAAACCAAAGCCACAAUCGAAUCGGGCACAAAUCACAAGGAAGACGAGCUGCUUGUUAGCUGUCCCAUACAUCACGAGCAUCAUGCCAACAUCAAUGGCGAUAUGAUCGACGAUGAUGUGGUGCUCGUCAAGGAGUGUCACAUUAUCUAAGCAGAAGCUGCAGCAGCAGCAGAAACGGAAACGACAAUCAACAGCAAGAUUUAGGGCCAAGUCGAAACAUCUUUAACUUAGUUAGUUGUACUUUUUGGCUUAUUCGAAGAGUAAACUCCAAAUUUUAGUUAGGUUUCAUUUUAGUUCUCAUUUGCUUGUACCACGCCCCCUGACCUCUCCAUGUUCUCAAAUUGUUUAUAGUUUGUUUAUUUUUGGUUUAACAAGUUCCACACUUAAUGAAAAAUGAAAUUG